AUGGCAGAUCAAGAGCAUGAAUUGGAGCGAGUGAGCUCAGAGCUUGAAGACCUGCGUGGAAACAUGGGGCAGGUCAUGGAGAUAUUACAGGUCAUCAGGGCAAAGCUAGACACCCAAACCACGGUUGUUUCUGAAAUCGCCGGUCCAUCAAUUGAACCCCAACCUGCUAGGACGGUACCAACAACCUGGCCAACCUAUGGUUUACCUCCUGGUUUCACGCCUACAGUUGAAGGUGCACCUGGUUUUGCACCACCUGCUCAGCAGACAGCUCCUCUACCGACCAUCAAUGAAAACCAUCCAGUGGUUCACACAUUCGCACCUCCUCUCGUCCGGGCACAUGUGCAACCUUACUUUGAGGAUCAGCAACAUGCUCCAGACUUUUCAGAUGAAGACGAGGAAAGGCAAGAGGACCUAAGAGGGAUGAAGGAGAAUUACCAGAUGCUGGAGAAGAGAUUGAGAGCUAUGGAGGGCGACCAAGUUUUUGGUGCUACAGCUAAGGAAAUGUGCUUGGUAUCUGGUCUUGUGAUUCCUGCGAAAUUCAAGACCCCAGAUUUCGAUAAGUACGAGGGCCACUCGUGUCCUAAGAGUCACCUCAUUAUGUAUUAUCGAAAAAUGGCUGCGCAUGUAGAGGACGACAAGCUCAUGAUACAUUGCUUCCAGGAUAGCCUGAGGGGUGCUCCCUCCAAGUGGUACCUAAGCCUGGAUCAGAGUAGGAUUCGGUGUUUCCAAGACUUAUCUGACGCCUUCAUCCAACACUACAAAUAUAACAUGGAUAUGGCCCCAGAUAGGAGACAACUGCUUAGCAUGUCCCAAAAAGACAAGGAGUCUUUUAAGGAGUAUGCGCAAAGAUGGAGGGAGGUGGCCUCGCAGGUUGAACCACCUCUGGCUGAGAAGGAAUUAGCGGAUUGGUUCAUGGAUACAGUUAAACCUGUGUUUUAUGAAAGAAUGUUUCCUGGAGGAUUUCAAAAGAAGAAGGAGGGGGAUACGAAUGCAGUAUCAACCAGUCAAAGAAGGAGUCAGUCAUGGAAGAAACAACACCAAUUUUCUCAACAACAACCAAUUUACCCAGUACAAUAUGUCCAACAACCGUAUGUGGCAGCUGUCACACCAAAUUAUAACCAACCACAAGCUUCAGUUUAUCAACCGGUUCCCGCUCAACAAGCGCCGAUAUACCAGCAAGCGCCCGCGCCACCUGCUUAUCAACAGCCAAGGGCACAGGUUCCUCGACCACAAAAUCCUCCGAAUCAAAAUAGGGUACAGAGAGCUAGAGUCCCGUUUGCUUCAAUCCCUAUGACAUAUACUGAAUUGUAUCCAUCAUUGCUACAAAAAGGUUUGGUGACGCCCAGAUCAUUGGGUCCUCCACCAAAUCCUUUACCUCCGUGGUACAAUCCAGAUGCUCACUGUCCUUUCCAUGGGGGUGCCCCGGGACAUGAUUUGGAGGGAUGUUAUGCUUUAAAGCAUAUUGUGCGAGACCUGGUUGAAAAGAAGAUUCUGUCCUUUCGAGACGCCGGACCCAAUGUCAAGAACAACCCUUUGCCAGCACAUGGUGAUGUCAAUGCCGUCGAAGAAGCUUCUGAUGUGUGUGUAAUCAAGCACGUGGAAGAUGUUAAAACCCCGCUGCUAGCGCUUCAUGCAGGAUUGGUGAGGGCUAGAUUGAUUGAUACUUGUCACGAUAGCUGUGAGGACUGUGCCAUUCAGCCGAAAGGAUGUAAAGUGGUACGAAAUGACAUUCAGAAUUUGAUGAAUCAAGGUGUUUUACAAAUUUCUGGUCCAGCAAUGAAUGAGGAGGUUUCGGUCAUUGAACCCGUUUUUAACAUACCAGAACCGUUAGAGGUGAUUUAUCACAGAAGAGAUGAUGUUCAUCCGUCACCCGUGGUAGUUCGUAUGCCUACCCCAUUUCCUUUUGAGAGCACCAAGGCGGUACCCUGGAAGUACGGCAUAACAGUGGUAGAUGGAAAAGAUGGAGAGCCCGAAGUUGCUGAAAGUAAGAAAAGUGUGGAGAAUGUUGACGCCGACAUCACCAACAUCGCGGGAACAAGCAGGAUGACCCGCAGUGGUCGGAUUUAUACUCCCAAUGUUAAUGUCAACCCUCAAGAACCAACAAGGGGAGCUGUAAAUGUAAAUCCUACCCCAGAACAGGGAGGGGCACAGCCGGCUGUACAAACAGAUGAAGCAAAAACCUCCUUUCAAGCCCUUGAAAUAUCCAAUGCUACACUUGAAGAGGUUAAGGAUCCUGUUGAGAAAGCUAGUUUGUCAUUCGCCUCUUUAAAGAGCGCAAAAUCAGCAGUUGAAAGUGGAGGCCCUGCAGGUUGGGGGCAAGUCAUCAAUGUCAACGAGAAGAAUGACCGUUUUGGUUUGGGCAAUCUGGGAUCCCAAACAAUUAAGCCUAAUACGGAACUCUCAUUGGCUGCGAAAGAAGGUCUUGGACUUAGCAUUGGAGGUGAUGUUAGCAAACCAAUUGUUCAAGACACACUUAAACAAGAGAGUCCCGUAGUUUCUGGAAGCGCUAGCUUAUCUUUAGGCAUUAAGGAGCAUUUGUUUACAUCUGUUACAAUUCCGAAAAUUAACAAGAUAAGUCCUGAUCUUGAUAAAGGAGAACCUGUCCCACUGGAAUUAUCUUUAAACAAGAAGGAAAACAUACCAGUUCUAGCCAAGUGGAGUAUGCUUGGAAAUGCCAAUCCCUCUUCCUGCAACAAAUCCGCUUCCUGUCCAAAAUAG